UACUCCUUCCAACGUAACGCAAGUUCGACAUAAUAAUUUUACUUUAUUAUAAUUUAUAUUAUUUACAAGUUUUAAGACGAAUCUAAAGUGACAAAAUUGUUUGUAUCAAAUUUUUCGACAAGUCAAACGCGAUUUUUGCUUAAAAUGCUAUCACACGCGAAAAAACAUAAAAAAACCACGUCGUCGAUCUAUUUCCUCAAUCCAAGGCCUGUACUGGCUUAUAUGGUGCCUGUAGAAGACGAAGACGAAGACCAAGCCGGGUUAUACGAGAUGGAACGACCGACCUGCUCAAGGAACAGGCAUGAUGCUACAUCUUCCAGCAGUUCAAUUCGCACAAAAACCAUUGUGGAGGUGGAUCCCAGGACUGGUGGUCCAAAAGUGCGGCAUGAGCGAUACGAGAGUUCGGAGGAUACAGAAAGCUCGACGGGAAGUUCGACGGCAAGUUCAUCUGGUAGAAGGGACUAUAGGCAGAAUAGUCGCGAGCCUAUGUUGGUGCUGAAACGGGCUCAGGCCAAGUUAAAUCUCCAUUAUGACAUGGAUAAGUCCGUACAGACGGGGCAAUCAGCGGGGAUGGUGCCGCGUAGACUGCUGAGGUCUACUCGGGCUGGGCCAUCUACAAACGUAGCCCACAGACAGGAUAAGAGCACAUCGAUGCCGUCCCAAGGCAUUAAUUGCACCACUUUGAUGUCCUCGCAAGGCGCAUAUAAGAAUACGAUGUCCUCGCUAAGCGUAUAUAAGAAUACUAUGGUGGAUGUGGCUACUUCCGUCAGAGGUUCGAGAAUGGACAGGGCUACUUCAAUGGUAGGUCUUGGAGCUGGAUUUGGAUCCAGCUACGAUGACAGCGAUUCGGAGCAUUCCCCCGAUCACACGCUGGAAAAUUUGUGCUACGCUCUAAGCAUGUAUGAUGUUUCUCUGGAAACAUUUACCAGAGGCGUGGAGCUAGUACGAAAGGAGGACGCAAAGUUGAUGGCCGAAGGACAGAAAUUAAUGAUCGACGGACAGGCGAUUGCUAGUGCAUCGACAGAAACUAUAUGCAGCUUUGUCUCUAUGCCCCCCGAAAUAUCCACGAGCACCAUAACAGUAGCUGAGAGCUACUACGAUGCAGAGACUGAGGCAACGCCAGAUAAAACCUAUUGCGAUGUAGGAACGGAGGCAACUCCAACCAAGAGCGACGCAUCUAUUGAGACGGAACGAGAAUCGUGCCAUUGUCGCUGCAACUGCGAGGCGAAAUUGGAGGAACUGAAAAAGUCCAUGAUUGAAAUUAAAGCAUAUCUUAAUAGCGAAUAUCAGGUGAUAUCAAUGAAACGCCUUGACGAGUUAUCCAAUGAAUCUCAGGAACAAGAUUCAUCCAACGGAGAAUGGCUACCCGGGACUCUACUCAAUAGCAGCUGCUGUACCUUUGAAUUCAUUGAAGCCACUGAUAGCCAAUACGAAAGUUCAAGCACCGACGAGGAAAACAUCCCAGUCCUAACUAAAGAUGAAACACUCGAAAACAUGAUGGACGUCAUAGGUGGAAAGCGCUUAAAUAUAUCCAAAACUAAUUUGCGGCGGCCCAGGCGGUCUGUAUCGAUGGACCCCAAGCUCUUCAGGGACACCGAAAGUUCACCAAGGGAUCAGGAUGACGACACGGAACCAGCCGAUGUGCCUCUAUCGAAGGCUGAACUUGCGGAAUUCCAGGAGGCCUUCAAUUUGUUCGACAAUCGAGGUGAUGGCAAAAUCCAAUUGAGCCAAGUGGGUGAAUGUCUGCGUGCCUUGGGCCAAAAUCCUACCGAAUCGGACGUGAAGAAAUGCACACACCAAUUGAAAUCGGAUGAGAGGAUCUCGUUUGAAGUCUUUUUGCCUAUAUAUCAGGCGAUAUCAAAGGCACGCUCCGGCGACACCGCCGAUGAUUUCAUUGAGGGUCUGCGCCAUUUCGAUAAGGAUGCCAGCGGUUACAUAUCCUCGGCCGAAUUGCGUCAUCUGUUGACCACCUUGGGUGAGAAAUUGACAGACGAGGAGGUGGAACAGCUGUUGGCCAAUAUGGAGGACCAGCAAGGCAAUAUCAACUACGAGGAGUUCGUGCACAUGGUCAUGAGCGGUUAACUGCUCCAUCGUAAUCAUAAUCAUCAUCAUCAUCAUCAACAACAGGUGAUGAAGAUUGCAGAUCGGAUAUGAUCAGAUGUACUUACUCUUAGAGAAGCAGCAGCAACCAACCUAUCCAAUAAUAAUACACUUAAUUAAACACCUGCCACGAGCUAGUUAACCGCCGUUGUUCAUUCCGCCAAAAUAACGAAGAAAGAAAAUCCAAUUCCAAAAAGAAAACUACCUUUAGUUUCUACGGCAACAUUUUGUUUGUAUUCAAACUAUUCUUUUUUUUUUUUUGUUCGACCAUUUAUUUUUUGUGUAAGAUUCGGCUAUAGAAAUCUGAUGUAUAUCGAAAGACGAUAACAAUGCUCCGAAUUAAAUAUAUAGAUACAUAUGUUUCAAAAGCGAUUCGAAAUGAUCUUUUUGGUUUUUGAAUUGCUUUCACUUCCAUCUUUUGUAAACCUUUACAAAUACACACAUACACAUCUAAAAUGUUUAAAUGUAUUGUAUGUACAAAAAAAAAAGAUGUAUUUAUAUAUAUAUUCAUAAAAUCUGUUAUACACCAAGA